UUCCUCCUCCUCGUCCUGCCCCGCCCUAACCCCGCUUCAGCACAGCGCUGGCCGCAGUCUGACAGGAACAGGACGGAGCCAAGAUGGCGGCGGCCGACGGCGAUGACUCGCUCUACCCUAUUGCGGUGCUUAUAGAUGAGCUCCGCAACGAGGAUGUUCAGCUGCGCCUCAAUAGCAUCAAGAAGCUGUCCACCAUUGCCUUGGCCCUAGGGGUUGAAAGGACCCGAAGCGAGCUCCUGCCCUUCCUAACAGACACCAUCUACGACGAGGAUGAGGUCCUCUUGGCGCUGGCGGAACAGCUGGGAACCUUCACCACUCUGGUGGGAGGCCCAGAGUACGUGCACUGCCUGCUGCCACCCCUGGAGUCACUGGCCACGGUGGAGGAGACGGUGGUGCGGGACAAGGCGGUGGAGUCCUUGCGGGCCAUCUCGCACGAGCACUCGCCCUCAGACCUGGAGGCCCACUUCGUGCCGCUCGUGAAGCGGCUGGCGGGUGGCGACUGGUUCACCUCCCGCACCUCGGCCUGCGGCCUCUUCUCCGUCUGCUACCCGCGCGUGUCCAGUGCAGUGAAGGCGGAGCUUCGACAGUACUUUCGGAACCUGUGCUCAGACGACACCCCCAUGGUGCGGCGGGCCGCAGCCUCCAAGCUGGGGGAGUUCGCCAAGGUGCUGGAGCUAGACAACGUCAAGAGUGAGAUCAUCCCCAUGUUCUCCAACCUGGCCUCUGAUGAGCAGGACUCUGUGCGGCUGCUGGCCGUGGAGGCGUGCGUGAACAUCGCCCAGCUGCUGCCCCAAGAGGACCUGGAGGCCCUGGUGAUGCCCACCCUGCGCCAGGCUGCCGAGGACAAAUCCUGGCGCGUCCGCUACAUGGUGGCCGAUAAGUUCACAGAGCUCCAGAAAGCAGUGGGGCCUGAGAUCACCAAGACAGACCUGGUCCCUGCCUUCCAGAACCUGAUGAAGGACUGUGAGGCCGAGGUGAGGGCCGCAGCCUCCCACAAGGUCAAAGAGUUCUGUGAAAAUCUCUCAGCCGACUGUCGGGAGAACGUGAUCAUGACCCAGAUCUUGCCCUGCAUCAAGGAACUGGUGUCAGAUGCCAACCAACACGUCAAGUCCGCCCUGGCCUCCGUCAUCAUGGGCCUCUCACCCAUCUUGGGUAAGGACAACACCAUCGAGCACCUCCUGCCCCUCUUCCUGGCUCAGCUGAAGGAUGAGUGCCCUGAGGUGCGGCUGAACAUCAUCUCCAACCUGGACUGUGUGAACGAGGUGAUCGGCAUCCGGCAGCUCUCGCAGUCCCUGCUCCCUGCCAUCGUGGAGCUGGCCGAGGACGCCAAGUGGCGGGUGCGGCUGGCCAUCAUCGAGUACAUGCCCCUGCUGGCCGGGCAGCUGGGAGUGGAAUUCUUCGACGAGAAGCUGAACUCACUGUGCAUGGCCUGGCUCGUGGAUCACGUCUAUGCCAUCCGCGAGGCAGCCACCAGCAACCUGAAGAAGCUGGUGGAGAAGUUCGGGAAGGAGUGGGCCCAUGCCACGAUCAUCCCCAAGGUCCUGGCCAUGUCUGGAGACCCCAACUACCUGCACCGCAUGACUACGCUCUUCUGCAUCAAUGUGCUGUCGGAAGUCUGUGGGCAGGACAUUACUACCAAGCAUAUGCUGCCCACAGUCCUGCGUAUGGCUGGGGACCCAGUAGCCAACGUCCGCUUCAAUGUGGCCAAGUCCUUACAGAAGAUAGGCCCCAUUCUGGACAACAGCACCCUCCAGAGUGAAGUCAAGCCCAUCCUGGAGAAGCUGACCCAGGACCAGGACGUGGACGUCAAGUACUUCGCCCAGGAGGCUCUGACCGUUCUGUCCCUCGCCUGAUGCUGAGGAGAAGUCAACACCGGCCACCGAUGUCCGCCCUCCCGCCCCACCGCGUGCCUCCCUCGGGGAGGCGGUGAGCGCCGUGGACGGCCUCUCCCUGUGCAUGGUCUGACC